CGGCAGGCUCGAUGCUCUCUGGGUUUUAGGCAGAAGACCGAUCGAGGGACGAGGGUUUUGGACCUGUUGGUCAUCCAUGGCGUCUAGGGUUUCUUCGAAGGGAAAGGGCAAGGCGGCGAGGGGAUCCAGGGGCUCCGACGGGAGGUCGACGGCGAGGUGCGUGAAAACGUGGAGCACCUGGGCGAUGAAGAAGGCGAAGGUGAUUACCCACUACGGCUUCAUCCCCCUCAUUAUCAUUAUCGGCAUGAACUCCGAGCCCAAGCCUCAGCUCUCGCAGCUCCUCAGCCCCGUAUGAGUUCUAGAAAUCCCUCCGAUUCCCCGAUCGAAUCGCUGGGAACAUCGGGAUCGUUCCAGGGUUGGAGUAGAUUAGUCGGAGAUAGUUGGUAAUGGUAGGUCUAUAACUCUAUCUUUUGUAAUUUGGAUCCAAAAGAAUUGCGUUUGUAAUUUUCUUAGAUGGGUUGUGAUCGACUGUUGAAAAUACUUGAAAUUUUAUGGUUCUGCUUCUUUUCAUGAUGAUAUAAUUCAACUUUUAAUGGACUGAAUGGUUAACGUCCAUAUUGUACUUUAGUUAAAGUCAGGAUUCUUUUCGAUCUUUAAUCCGUGAUGAUAUUGUCAAUCA